AUGUCGAUAUCGCCAGGUCAGACUCAUCUGAUCGAAGACAUUCCAGCUGCUCAACAUUCCCAAUCAGCGGAUUGGUUCGACGAAAAUUACCUGAAUGCCCAUUCCCUAACUCCGGCAACUUCUGCUCAUACAACCUCAGCUUUCCAAGAUUCAUUUCCAAGUUUUGAUUUGCAGGGUCACCAAGAGCGACCGCGGUGGCACUUUCCAUUUAAUGGCUUCUUUCGCCAGAAUGAUCGGUUUAGACAGCAUGAACUACUCAGCGCAGCUUCUGAUCAUGACUUCAUUGAUAUCGGCGAUGUUGUCCCCGAAAACCUAAUCCCAAAUGACGAUACUCCAUCUGAUAUUCCACUGAAUGCUAAGCGUAAAGCAAAUGAUCUUCAAUCAAACCUGAACGAAAUUAGUCCGACAAGAAAGCCCUUCAAGAAAAGUCCAGAUCACAACGAGUUGCUGAAGACAAAUGGGGAUGCCCAGGGCAGAGCGAGAGAUUUAGCCCUGGCAGAAAAUCCACAAUACGAAAUCAGCUAUCUUGCAAGCAGGCCGUUCAGUAAAAUGAAAUUGCGCUACCUGGGAGAACUACUUACAGCUGAAAGAAGUAGAAGAGUUUUGGAUGACACGGAAAUUAGCGGUCUCGAAUACUUACACGCCGAUGAUCAUUGGUCAGGUGCACCGCCCGGCCAUUCUUUCUGGAUUCCGUCGGAAAAAGUGGAUGAAUUUCUCCAAAACGACACAAUAGCCGAACGCCCUCUGAGAUUUGCGACCGGAGAAGUCCGAGAAGUAAAGCACGAGCUUGCAGUAAUUUUUCUGAUUUUAUCGGACCAAAGAUUAGAUAUCACCCAGUACACUAUUUUCUCAGAUCAAAUCAUGAAUUUCUUUCAAGGGAAAAUCAACUGGUGGCGCAACCAUGCCCAUGAAAGUACCGUCCCAUUUGACACCAGAUUGCAUGCCAAAAGCGAGAAACGCAUCCUUGAAUCAAGUCAAUCUCAAGGACCCAAGAAAGCAAACUCGCAACCUCACUCUUCGAAUUUGGAACAGCUGCUCAAGAAUUAA